AUGUUGAGAAGAUCUGUAAUGGGUCUCCGUAUCCUGAAGCAGUGGAAAUCUCAGUCACGGCGUAAGCUCUACCAUUUUGGAGAGUUGAGUUUGAACUCAUCAAUUUCUCUGCCCAAUCCUCCCCUGAUUCAUCCACAUAACUCAAUAGCCGCGGCGGUACAUCAACCGCCACGUCCAAUGGCGUCGUCGUUGGAGUCCCUGGAGAGAGUGUUGCGCUCGAGUGGGCCGAGGGUUACAAAGAGAACGUCGUUGGGCCAACUGCCCCAAGCGCUAAGGCAUAAGAUGAAGAAAUGCAGUGAUCCCCAUGUGAGGUUGGAUCUGAUGUUGGACUUCAAGGAACCGCUACGUGUCUCAUUAGCGAAUAUAGAUAACGUACUGGAGAAAGAUUUUGGAGUCGGUAGUGCUGUGGAGGCGUUGGAGGUGCUGGAUGAUAGAACCAUGGUGAAACUCGUCAAGUACUACAUCGUUCAUAGAGAUUACAACAGAGCCAGUGUUCUUGUCCAUAGUGUUCUUCUCAACAGAUUCCAAGACGUUUCACUGAUUCACAAGCUGAAUGCAGCUAUCUUUGAUUCUCUGAAGAAGGAUUAUGAUUUGUCCUUGGGUUUCAUGGAUCUAUGUCGCUCUUUGUACAAGACCUGUGAAGGGGAUAUGAAACUGUUCAAAUUUUGCUUCACCUCUUUGACAAACAAUGGCGCUGUUCUAAGAGAUUUGCAUUUCAAGCAUCCAAUGUUUCUCGAUGUUUUAAGAUAUAUUCAACUGGCAACUGUGAUAGAACACUGUGAUGACGUUACAGUUUUACCGCAACAGUACUGGACCACGGGGUAUGACUACGUUGACUUAGCCCUGGUGAAGAAGCUGUUAGAACAAGGUUCAAAGACAGAGGCUUUAGAACACAUGAAUGGAACAGGGUUGAUUAAAGAAGAUGGACUUUUCAACAGGGUCAUAGCUUCUAUUUCAUCUCCUAUAGAUGAAACCAUUUCACUACAGAUCCUGAAGAAUACUACAAACUUUGGAAUGCUGGACAAGGAAACCUGGAGACGUAUGAAAUCGAAACCAAAAUUCUUCAAAACUUGUUUCGAAACCACCUCCUCUCCAAAGUUGAAACAUGAACUUCAAUCUAUCUAUCUAUUAAAGCUGAUAAAGUCGGGGAAGCUGUUAUCGGCAAAGCAACACGUCAGACGUUAUAUUCAAGAUGUAGCGCAUUGGAGUGUUUCGCCGCUGAUAUCACUUGUACUGGUUACGAAGGAUCAGGUACUCUGUGGAGAGAUGUUGAGAAAUAUGACACCUUCUACUCGAAACAUCUUUUUAGACCUUGGUUUAAAAAGAAUAUAUUCGGAUAUGAAGAGAUGCAAAGAAGUCGUAUCUCCAGAAUCACAAUUACCGCAGGUUGAGUGGCUAUUGAAAUGUUGUAAUUACAAACUUUCAGAUGCAACCUUUGAAACGCUUUGUUCGUUCUUGUCAACUCUGCCGCUAGAAGCACAAGCUUCCCUUUUGCAAAGAAUAUCUGGACCAAGUGCAUCUGCCUACUUAUCAUUUAUCAAACGUUGUAAAUCUGUUCUUGUUGUUAAAUCAUUGAUCCAACAGAGAAGAUUCCGGACACGUGCAGAGAAGAGUGCAUUGUGUAAAGUUAUUGAUUUACACUUGUCAUUUACUGAUAUCAAGUACCUGUUUGGAGAGUUGGAUUCAACUGACUAUAACUCUUUGCAUCCAAAAUAUGUGCAUUGUAUUCUAAAAAAGGAUCAUCUGCCAAAGGCUCAGAAAUUCUUGGAGAGUUAUCCAAAUGAAACCUCGAAAUUAAUGUUAAACAACCAUUUGGCAAUCUCUGAACCGCUGCAAUUAACAAGAUCAACGGAGUGUCAAUCCAGCAAUGAAAAACUUCAAGUUGAGACGUACAACAGACUUUUGGAUAACUCAAGACUCUACAUGGACCGUACUCUACGGUUCGGCUUGAAGCAGUUGAAGAGAAACCACAAGAUGGAUCAAAAGACGUUGUGUAUACUCGUAUUGAAGCAGUGUGUGGAGAGAACAAAACUUUGCAACAGGGGGUCUAUCGUUAUGAACGAACGUUUGAAAUGGGCACUUUCUCAAUGUGACCGUUAUAACGUUCCUUCUGGUGUCAUUGAAGGGAUUAUGAGUUGA